ACUCCGUGCCGCAUCCUUCCCAACUACAGAGCUAGGAGUUGACCACACUGCCACUCUGUGUCUGCUCGAAACUCCGCAAAUAUCAGCUCUUCUCGUGACUGUGCCGGUCUAAGUUAUGCACAUCGGUGGAUGAAAGCGAUGAACAAUUCCCAGCGGCCUGGCUGUGGACGGUUCCAAUUCGAAAGCAAAGAGGACCUCGAUGUUGUAGGGCGUCCGAGUGCAACACAUCAAGUCGAAUGAAUGUCCGGGAAUGAAAAGCAUGGCACUCUAAGGGAGCAAAAUCGCGCAACCACUACGAGGAAAAAUUACAACCUCUGAACUUGGUCCACACUGGAGGCACCAAAAUUAACCAGAGAAUCGAUUCUAGGCUUGCUCUGUGUCGAAGGUCGAUCUCGAAGACUCUCGAUCGCUCCCCGCGGACUCCGUCCCUUCAUCUCAGCUCUGCGGCGCACAGUCGUUGGAGCCCAGGAAGAUAUGAUUCUCAGAAGCUGAAGUUUCAUGACCUCAGGAGUGCAGCAAGGUCCUGAUGGGCAGCCGCAAAUAGAACGUGAGAUAGCAGCUGUCAACAACUGUUCGGGGACGCUCUCAUCUUGCUCCCAUGUGAAUAUAACUUAAAUCGCGUUAUGUGCCGUUUCCAAAAAGUCUGUUAGAGUCUCAGACCUAUCCUGACGGGUAGAUUGGGUCGACCGCUGAACUUAGCCUUUCGCAAUUCUGUCCCCUGCUUGAACAGAAUACUUCAUGGCCGGCGCUCAACCGCACAUUCUCCAAGUCAUCAAUCCAAGAUCCUUCUCCCGCACUUUCAUAUGACUUCACUGGUCGAGAUGUCGAUUUGGGACGAUUGCGUCACUGGCAGAUGUGUUCACUGCGCAUAUAAAUCGCGAGACUGUUAUGGGGGACCCAAAUCAGACUCGAGCUACUCGAAAUGGUGCUUCCGCUUCUCUCUCUCGUUGCCGGGCUUUUGCUGUCAGCCACUGUGGCUGCAUCUCCGACCGCUCUAGAGAAGAGACAGUGCACCGCGACCUUGAAUACCGCAAUGUCUGUGGCGGAGACACUGCAGGCGCAUUACUUUGACGCGUCGUCCGGCAUGUACAACGGAGGGUCGCUCUGGACCGACGCAAACACACUCGAGGAUCUCCACAAUCUCAUGCUUGCGACCGGGACAGAUCAAUUCUCGGCGGUUGCAGACCAAUCUUUCCUGGGCCGCUCGACGCAAGAUACUAGCGCGGCGCACUGGCAGGGCAUCUUCAACGGUGCCAACGACGAUGCGCUGUGGAUCGUGCUCAGCCUGUGGAAGAUGGCAGACUACAAGGUUGCGCGGGGGAUUGAUGCGACUGCGUAUUGGUCUGGUGGAGCACCGCACACAAUUACAAGAAUGGUACAACUCAAACUCACGGAUGAACAACUGACAAACAAGUCGACAGCAAUCACAAACCAACUGUUCCUCCUGACUUCUGCGUUUGUCUUCCAAAGCGAUCUUCUCCGCACUCUGUCUCAUUCAUAUCUUAGCGAAGGCGCCAUCCGAUUCCCCUCCCAGAGCAUGUUCCUCCCGAAUGCCAUCAAGACAUGGAACUGGCUACGCGCAAGCGGCAUGCGCAACUCACAAGGCCUGUGGAAUGACGGGCUGACGCUGGACACUUGUGUCAACAACGGCCAGACGACGUGGACGUACAACCAAGGCGUUAUCGCAUCCGGGCUCUCCUCGCUGGCACUGGCCACCGGGAACACGACAUUGCUGGCGGAAGCGCAGAUCACACUCGAUGCGACGAUCGCGCAUUUGAGCGAGAACAACAUCCUCAAGGAGACCUGCGACAACGCUGCCGCGGGGGGCAGCGUCUGCGAUGCAGACCAGCAACUUUUCAAAGGGCUGUGGACCAAGCAUCUGCAAUAUUUCCUCGACCGGGCCAAUAGCCCUGCGUUGAAUUCCAAAUACAGCGGAUUCCUGGGCUCGCAGUCGUCGGCCGUAUUCCACUUUGGGACCGACGCCAACAACGACGUCGGCUCCGUGUGGUAUGCCCCAAACGCGGGUGGAUCCAUUUUCACACCCAAGACGUCAGCCAGCGGGCUCGAAGCACAUGUUGCGGACGCGAAAUACGGUCCCUGCUGAUGAUGAUACACACAAACAAUAAGUAAGUAAACGGCACAGAGUAGUGGGUAGAUAUAGCACAGAAUGUAAGUUAGUCGUCGUCGUCAUGAACGGAGCCGAAG